AUGGCUAGAGGAACUAGAAAACAAGGAAAUGUCAAAGGCCCCAGUUCUGCCUUAACCGAAUUUUUAAAAAGCGAGGGUAUCACUGACGCGUUUAGACAAAGACGUGCAAGAGAAGCAGAAGUAACAGCAACAGCAACAACCGAAACCACCACUCAGGAGACAACUCCUGAUGCAGAUGCUGGUGCUGGUAAUGAUGAAGAGGACCUACAUGGUGAGACAUCUAUGGAGAAUUUGUCUGCUGCUGGCAGUCCUCUUGUCUCCAGACGUGGAUCGCGUCGCCAACUGUCUACUCCAACAAGAGGAGUUGAAGAAGAUGAUGAUGAAGACGACGAAAUUAUUCAAAUGAGAAAAGCGGCCAAGCGUAAGCUAAGAGCUGCAAGACAAGAUGCAGGCGGUACUAGUCGUAAGCGUGCCAUGCCUGGUGAUGGCAGUGGCAGUGACGAUGAUAGUAGUGACGAUAGCAGUGCAGAUGACGAUUACAGUGACGAUGGUGAUGAUUUGGAUAAUGCCAAUAUGAAAAACUUUGGAGAGCAAGACACGUGUGUUGAUUGUGGUGACAAAUUUGAAUUAUCAGUGUAUUCGAGAUUUAUCAAGGACAAAUCAGGGUACUUGUGUGAUUCAUGUAAUAAAGUGCUAAAAGAACAUGAACGAAGAGCAAGAAGUAAUCAGUUGAAUGCUAGAAAAAAGAGGAAAAGAGUAGCCCAGGCCUUGUUAAAUAGAACUACAGUCAAGAUACCCAAGUUGCAAGAUGUAUGCAUCAAGAAAAUUACCCAGAAUAUCGAAGACGUUGAUGUGUUGGGAGAUAUUGGUCAGAUUAAUUUGAACAAGAUAUCUCUGAUUUUGUCAAAGAACAGAUCGUUGAAUGAUAAAACAAUUUCGCUUUUCUUAUCCCCCGACUUGAAGAAUAUUGCAUUUUGGGAUUGUUCUAAUGUCGACUCUGAUUCAUUAAACAAAAUUGCUUCUUAUUGCCCCAACUUGGAAUCGUUGACUUUGUUUAUGUGCGGGCAGUUCCACAAUGAUAACUUGGAAUACUUUGCUUCCAAUCUAACCCAUUUACACUCACUUGCGUUGAAUGGUCCGUUUUUGAUUAGUGAUAAGAUGUGGCAGGCAUAUUUUGAUCGAGUUGGAGGUAGAUUGCAAAAGUUUGAAAUAAGGAAUACCCAUAGGUUUGGUAACGACUCUCUUUUGAGUUUGUUGGAAAACUGCGGUAAGGAUUUGACUUCGUUAAAGUUGUCACGGUUGGAUGGAAUAAACCAGCAAGAUGCAUAUAAUCAGAUUUCAAAUUACAUUGCGCAAUCAAAACUAACACAUUUAGAGAUAUCAUACCCCACAGAUGAAGAUUUGGUGACAGAUGAUUUGAUUGUCGAUAUUUUGCAAAAGACUGGAGAUUCUCUAGUUUCUUUAAAUGUCGAUGGGUGUUCUGCAUUAACUGACAAGUUCUUGCUUGAUGGAGUUUCCAAGUAUUGCCAUAAUUUAACCCAGAUUUCAAUGAAAAACUUGGAUCAAGUUUCAAAUGAAGGAUUUGCCACUGCAUUUAACCAGUUUUCCAAAGUCAAUGCUGGUGGAUUAAUCGAAGUCAACUUGAUGAAAUGUACCGACCUAGGAGAUGAGGCUGUCUAUGCGUUGUUAAACCACUCUUGUCAUACACUAGUUGAGCUUAGUAUUAACUCGUUGCAUCGAAUUACCAGUGACUUUUUGUCGCAGAUUUUCACUGAUGACAAGCACCAAUUCAAGAAAAAAUUGCGAGAAAGACAUGAAGAAGAUUCAAAUGUCAAAUAUUACCAGCAGGUACCAUUGAUUUUAUUAACUUAUUUAGAUGCAUCAUUUGUCAGAGCUGUUGAUAACGAGAUUUUGUCUUUGAUUGGUGGCAGUUGUCCUCAGUUGCAAAUUAUCGAGGUUUACGGCGACAAUAGGUGCAAUGGAAAGGCUUCGUUUAGAGAUGGGUUAAUGGUAAUAGGUCGUCAAAGUGAUGAUAUAUAG